ACCCUCGCCUCGCCUCUGGGCACCUCUGCUUCUUCUCUUCUUCCUUCUCGCCAGUCCAACAUCCGCAGCUUGCCUUCCUGUCGUCUUUCUUUCGUGGCGAUGGCGCUUCGUGGCCUCAACUCCCCUUUCGAUUGCCUGUUAUUGGAUCUUGAUGACACCUUGUACUCUUCUACCAUUGGCAUCGCGCAAGCUUGCAGGAAGAACAUUGAAGAGUUUCUUGCCUUCAAAUGCGGGAUAUCGGCAGAGAGAGCCUUCUCCCUCCGCGUCGAGCUCUUUCGAUCCUACGGCAGCUCCCUCGCAGGCCUCAUUGCCCUCGGUUAUGACGUGCACCCCGAUGAGUACCACAGCUACGUUCAUGGAAGGUUGCCCUACGAACUGAUCAAGCCUGACGCGGAGCUGCGGGAGCUUCUCCUCGGCAUUCCCCAGACCAAGAUCCUGUUUACGAACUCGGACAGGCAGCACGCGAGGAGGGCGCUGCAGAGGUUGGGCAUCGAGGAAGGGUGCUUCCGGCGUAUCAUUUGCUUCGAGACGAUGAAUCCCCACCUCUUCGGGGACGAGAUAGGAGCCAACAGCUCUCCGCCAUUGCCGGCCGUGGCGACUCCAGAGGUGAUCCUCAAGCCCUCUGCUCCGGCAAUGGAGAUGGCCGUGCGGCUUGCUGGCUUUGGCCCCCAUCGCACGCUCUUCGUAGACGACAGCGAGAGGAACAUCGCCGCAGGAAAAGCAGCAGGUCUUCGCACUGCUUUGGUCGGGAAGCGUGUGAAGACGAAGGAAGCAGAUUACUUGUUGGAUAGCAUCUCCAGGUUGAAGCAGGUCGUACCAGAAAUCUGGCGAGGGCUGGAAAUGGAAAGAGGUGGAGAUCAUGGCGCGACAGCAAUGAGGAGUGACUUGGAUUCCAUCAGACCGACCUACCCAGUCGGGGCUUAGUCGCCGUCACCACGCCACCUCGCCCCAUCACCAUAGCUUUGCUGCUGCAAGCUACGGUCGUCAGUGGGCCUUCUUAUUGCACAUACUGCUGUAUUAUAUCGUUUCCUUUGUGUUGCUGACGCGACGCACAUCCUCUUUGCCUGUCCAUGUAUGCGUCAGCUGCGUAUUGUAAAGGAAUAAAUGGUCAGUGGGGCUCAUGACAUUUGAACCA